AUGGCCGCCGGCGGCCACCUCCGUCCGGGCUCCUACCUGGGAGACGUCUCCGCGCUCUCCUUCCUCCCCUCCUCGCCGCACCCUCUCCUCCUCGCUGGUACGCUCCCGUCUCCUUCCUGCGCUCCUCGCCGCACGCCCUCCCGCGCCGCUGUGGAAUGCGUGUGUCGUCUCUGCUUGCCUCAGCUGGCGGGUGAUAAUAUCCACGCCCUUCGCCCUGUGGCCGCAGGCACCGGAUCGCAGCUGCUCUUGUACGAGGUGGGCGCCGCCAGGCUUGUCGCUUCGUUCCGAGUGUUCGACGGGGUGCGCGUCCACGGCAUCGAGCCCCGGAGCGGAGGCCCCGACGGCUACACGCUCGCGGUGUUCGGCGAGAGGAGGGUGAAGCUAUUCUCCCUCGGAUUCGGUGUUGAAGCAGAUGGCGGCGAGGUGGGCGAGGUGCGGCUGGAGCUGGAGCAGAGGCUCCCGGGGUUCGACCAUUGGGUGCUCGACGCUCGUUUCCUGGAGGUCGAUGGGCUGCUUGCUAUUGGUCUGAGUGAUAAUUCAGUAACGCUGUGGGAUCUGAGCAAGUGUGUGUUGGUUACCCGAGUGAAGUCUCCAGAGAAGUGCCUUCUGUAUUCCAUGAGAAUGUGGGGAGACUCUGUUAGAGAGCUUCUUGUGGCAUCCGGGACCAUUUUAAACGAGAUUCUCAUAUGGAAAUUGGCACCACAAGUUCUGGGAUCCUCCAUGGUAUGCUCAAAUGAAGGAGAUACUUCUGAUGUAAACUGUCCCAAAAUUAUAAAUCCUGAUGAUAAUCAGCGCAUGGCAGUUCAUCUUGGUAGGCUGAAGGAGCAUGAAGGCUCAAUAUUCCGAAUAGCUUGGUCCUCUGAUGGAUCAAAGUUUAUGUCUGUUUCUGAUGACCGUAGUGCUCGCGUGUGGAUGCUGAGUUUCAAAUCACAGGGUUUUGUCAAUCAGACAGCCAGUCAAGACAAUGUUAAAAUUAUACCAAAACUCACUCUUUUUGGGCAUAGUGCUAGGAUAUGGGACUGCUAUGUUUCUGAUUCUAUGGUUAUAACUGCUGGUGAGGAUUGUACUUGUUGCAUUUGGGGAAUGGAUGGAAAGCUAAUCAAGAUGUUCAAAGAACACACUGGGCGAGGAAUAUGGCGAUGUUUAUUUGACCCAAGCUCACUGAUCGUGGUGACAGCUGGGUUUGAUUCAGCAAUCAAAGUGCACCAUCUAUGCAACUCCAUUUUUCAUGACAUAGUGGAAGAUAAAAGGGUCUCUGAUGGUCUGAACUAUGAUUCUGAGAUCUUUGUUGUAUCCUCUCCUUCUGUUUCGGGGCAGUAUGGUCCCCUGGAUAGCAAAAGCGAGUAUGUUCGUUGUCUACACUUUGCAGAAGAAAAUAUUCUGUAUGUUGCCACAAAUAAUGGAUAUCUGCAUCAUGCUGAACUCUCUAACAUAGAGGAUGUAAGAUGGACUGAGAUUAUUCAGGUCACUGAGAAAGCACCAAUUAUCUGCAUGGAUGUCAUGACAACAUACUCAAACCUUUCUUUGAAUAGGGAGGACAUAAUUGCCCUUGGAGAUGGACGGGGAAAUGUUACUAUUGUCCGUUUAACCAGUGGCAGCAGUGAACCUAAACUAGAUCUAUCUUUUACCUGGUCAGCAGAAAAAGAUCAGCAACUACUAGGAGUAUACUGGUGCAAGGCUCUUGAAUGUAGCCACAUUUUCACAGCUGAUCCUAGGGGUGUGCUUAAGAUGUGGAACAUAAGAGAUGCCCUGUUCUUAAGUACUGAUAUUAUCAAUGCACCUCAGAUGUUUCCACUUGUAGCAGUGUUUGAAUCCUCCUUUGGAGCUCGAAUCAUGUGUCUAGAUGCAUCUCCUGGAGAGGAGAUCCUUAUAGCUGGUGAUAAAAAGGGUAACAUCACAGCCUUUCCUUUCCCUAAAACAUCGGUACUGCAUGCCAGUGGUCUGAUGCAACAGAAGAUGCUUCCAUGUGAUCGUUUUAAAGGAGCUCAUGGCAUUUCUAGUGUCACAAGUGUUCAUAUAAAAGACUCGAUUUCUGAUCGUAUUGAAAUUCACACUACCGGGGGAGAUGGUUGCAUUUGCUUUUUCAAGUAUGGAAGAAAUGUGCAAAAGAUUGAAUUUUUUGGAAUGAGGCAAGUAAAAGAACUGGGCACCAUUCAAUCCAUCUACACUAAUCUUGCAUCUGAGAGCCAAUUGAGUAGUACCUAUGCAAUAGGUUUCACCUCUGCAGAUUUUAUCAUUUGGGACCUUGAGAAUGAAACAAAGAUGGCUCAAGUAUCCUGUGGAGGCUGGCGGCGCCCUUAUUCUUAUUAUCUUGGGACAGUCCCCGAGUAUCAGAACUGCUUUGCCUUUGUAAAGGAUCAUGAUAUUCACAUUCACAGGCACUGGGCACCAACUCAUGAUAAGAAAUUACUCCCACAAGGUCUUCAUUUGCAGUUUCAUGGUAGAGAAGUGCACUCGUUGUGCUUCAUAGAUCCAGCAAGCCAUUCGGAUCCUGAGAAUAACUCAGAUCUGUUGAUAGCAACCGGAUGUGAAGAUGGAACUGUGCGUCUUACAGGUUUCUUGACUGGUAGUUCUGGAAAAUGGCAUUCCUCAAAGUUGCUAGGGGAGCAUGUAGGUGGGUCAGCUGUGCGAGCAACAUGCUUCAUCCCAAAGACCUACACAGUAACAUAUAAAUCAUAUAAUUACAGUUUGAACGGUAUUUCUGAUGACAUUGCUGUUGAAAAAGACGAGACUUUCUUACUCAUAUCUGUUGGAUCAAAGCAAGUCCUCACUACUUGGAUCUUGCAACCGAGGAAUGCAGAAAACAGACAAGUAUGUUCGAGUGGCUUAGAUAUUGAUUCCAAGCAAAACUCCAAAAACUUGGAAAAUGUUGAUUCAGCCAUGUCAUUUCAAUGGCUAACUACCCACAUGCCACCAAAGCUUCCUAGGAACGGGCUGAAAUCUGGCCACAUAAAACAGAGCGUUGAGGAAGGAAAUUCCUCUGCUGUACAGACAAAUAUGGACGUUAUGGAUCACAAGGAAAAUGACUGGCGUUACCUUUCUGUUACAGCAUUUCAUUUGAAACAUCCGGUUCUCAGGUUUGAUGUUGCCUUGUUGGUUCCACAGGCAUCGCCAGUUUUGGUGCUGCGGCAUAUUAUCAUCAAUGCUGGCCACUAUAAAGAUGAUGGUGGAGACAGAUACCUUAUCGUGAGUGGAUCAACAGAUGGCAGCAUUACUUUUUGGAACCUGACAGAGACCAUUCAUGGCUUCAUGCAACUAAUAUCGGAGACUCAACCACACAUGAAUAUUGAUUAUCAAAAGCGUCCCAGGACCGGAAGAGGGAGUCAAGGCGGCCGUCGCCGGUGGAGAUCACUGGCAUACGCUUUGAAGAAGAGAGAUGGAGAUAUGUCACCCUCUGAUGGGAGCAACCUGGGUAGCCUAAACACUGCUGAAAAUUCAUCUGAAGCUUCUGGUGUGGAAAACACUCAGACUAUAGUGCGUGAAGCAAGUGACGGCUCAAACACUGAGAUGCCUUCAAGUACCCAAUCAUGUGAUGUACCUGAAUUGAGACCAAUGCACCUGUUAUCCGGUGUUCACCAGUCAGGCGUUAAUUGCCUCCACAUACCAUACUCAACACCUGACAAGUCAUACUGCAUCAUAAGUGGCGGGGAUGAUCAAGCUGUUCAGUGCUUCAACUUCAGAGUAGUAUCUUCAGAGGAUUGCUUAACAACCACAACAAGACUAAAUUCGCAUGACAAUGACACACUUAAAAUUCUAUAUCAAUAUAAGGCAUCAUCAGCUCAUAGUGCAGCAGUUAAAGGAAUCUGGACAGACGGCACUUGGGCUUUCUCUACUGGCCUUGAUCAAAGAGUAAGAUGCUGGAAGAUGGGAUUGACCAGCCAAUUCACGGAAUACUCCCAUGUUAUCAUUAGCGUGCCCGAGCCUGAAACUCUAGACGUUUUCCAUGACCGGGCAAAGGGGAAGUACCACAUUGCUGUUGCUGGAAGGGGUAUGCAAAUGGUCGAGUUCUCACCACCUGGAGAUGAUUAA